GAAAAAUGUCAUCAAACCAUCCGUAUCUCCAUGGGCUUCACCGGUAGUUUUAGUUAAGAAAUCGAAUGGGACACUCCGGUUAUGUGUAGAUUAUCGUAAGUUGAACCUGUUAACUAGACGAGACUGCUUUCCCCUUCCACGCAUAGACGACACUUUUGAUGCCUUAGAAGGGUCGAAUUGGUUUACCACUCUAGAUCUGGCAUCGGGAUAUUGGCAGGUUGAAGUACACCCAGAUGACAGGCAAAAGACAGCAUUCAUUGUACAAGCAGGCCUGUAUGAGUUUGAAACAAUGCCGUUUGGGUUAGUCAAUGCCCCAGCAACAUUCCAACGCCUCAUGCAAACGGUCUUGAGUGAUUGCAUACCAGGUAAGUGUUUGGUAUAUCUAGAUGAUGUUAUCAUACAUAGUAAGACGUUGACCGAACAUUUAAGUGAUAUUUCCGAAGUAUUAGAACGGAUGCAGACCGUUGGGUUAAAACUGAACCCAUCGAAAUGUCAAUUCUUCAGGAAAGAAGUGUGUUUCUUAGGUCACAUUGUUUCAGCCGAAGGCAUUAAAUGUGAUCCAGCAAAAGUUCAGGAAGUUAAAGACUGGCCGCUCCCAAACUCAGCCCCCGAGUUACAUAGUUUUUUAGGGUUAGCCUCGUAUUAUCGACGUUUUGUACUUAACUUCUCUUUCCUUGCAGCUCCUCUAUUCGACAUUCUCAAGAAGAAAGACUACAAUUGGACAGCAUCAGCUACGGAAGCCUUCGAAAGACUUAAAAACUGUUUAUGUAGCCCCCCUAUCCUAGCGUAUCCCAAUGUUUCUGACCAGGCAGGUCCAUUCAUCCUAGAUACAGAUGCUAGCGACUCUGGUAUCGGGGCAGUUUUGUCUCAAAAAGACGCAGAUGGAGUAGAAAAGGUGAUAGCCUAUGCAAGUCGAGCACUCAACAAGAGUGAGAAGAAUUACUGCACCACGCGGAAAGAAAUGCUGGCACUGGUCAAUUUUGUUAAACACUUUAGGGCAUAUCUCCUCGGUAGACAUUUCAUUGUACGCACUGAUCACAAAGCCCUUAGCUGGCUACAUAACUUCAAAGAAGCUGAGGGUCAGAUUGCCAGAUGGCAAGAACACCUACAAGAGUAUGACUUCGAAUGCAUGCAUAGACCGGGUAAGAAUCAUGGAAAUGCAGAUGCAUUGUCAAGAAAACCUCUUAGGUAUCACGGUGACUGCCCAUCAUGCACCGAAGCACAAGUUUCGCUGCUCCAACUAGAGGCUCAUACUUCAUAUAGUUGGCCUGAACUUCAGUCUUCAGACCCUGAACUGGCCUUGAUUUACGAACGUGUUCGAAAUGGAGGCGAACGACCGACAACCCAGGAAAUAAGUAAGCUUGGAUGGGAAACCCGGUGUUUAUGGUCUCUGUGGGAUAAUCUGAAAAUUGUCGAUGACAUCCUCUACUACCAACAUGGACCCACUUAUACUCGUCGCGUUGUGGCUCCACAGUCGGCACUACCCACAGUACUAUUGUCAUUACACCAGCAGUUAGGCCACGCGGGCUCAGGGAAAAUGAUUGAAGCGGCUAAAAGACGUUAUUGGUGGCCUCACCAGAGGAAAGACAUCAUAGAUUUCUGUGACUCCUGCGAGGUAUGCCAAACUAUUAAGGCUCCGCACAAAUAUAAUAAGGCACCCUUAGAACCCAUUAUAACUGGCCAUCCGAAUGACUUAGUACAAAUAGACUUGGUUGGACCUCUCCCAGUAACUUCCAGAAAUAAUAACUAUAUUUUAGUCAUGGUAGACCAUUUUACCAAAUGGUGCGAGGCUAUUGCGAUACCACAGAUUGAUGCUGUAACCAUCGCAGAGUCAAUUUUUGACCACUGGGUCAGCCGUUGGGGGGCACCACUUCAACUGCAUUCAGAUCGAGGAUCCAACUUUGAAAGUAUCGUUGUCAGCGAACUCUGUCGUAUAAUGGGUAUCCGGAAGACACGCACUACCGCGUACCACCCACAGGGAAAUGGCUUGGUUGAACGCACCAAUCGGACACUUAAAUCCCUCUUGCAGGCAUUUGUAGAUCAAAACAACCCCAGGGAAUGGGACCGAUCACUCUCACAGUGCUUAAUGGCAUACAGAGCAAGCAUUCACAAAGCUACGCGUCAAACGCCUCAUUAUAUGGUCACUGGAAGAGAACUCCGGUUGCCAAUCGAUCUGACUUCAAACACACUAGGAGAGGAUACACUGAUUGCAUCCGAACACGUAAUCAGACUUCGACGAAACUUGAACAAGGUACAUCAGAUGACUAGGGAUAUACUCCAAACAAACCAGAGGUACCAGAAAGAAUACUAUGAUAGGAAAGCACAUGGAUCACCAGUGGAGCCAGGAGACAAGGUGAUGCUACUUAAGGAGGCACCACCUAAAGGGAAAGCUCUUAAAUUCCAUAAACGCUGGGAAGGACCAUUCACUGUAGUAGAGGUACUAAGUGACUGCACCUGUAGGAUUCAGGAACCGAAUUCCUCUCAUAGUCUAGUCACACACUUCAAUAGACUAAAACCUUUUCGACAACAGGCCUUAGUUCAGACAAGUCCCGCAGGAACAGUCACCUAGCACUGCGGACAGUGCUCCUAUGGGAGAGGGGGUAGUGUAAGGCAUGGUUGGCUGCGAAGUAUGCAGGGAUUGGUUACCCAAGACGAGGCAACGGAUGACCAAUAGGAGUGCCCUUCCCUCUUAUCUAAUUGUAUUGCGAUUGGUUGUAAAUAUAAUACUUGACCUUGAGUCUUCGUUCUUACUAGCACGCAACACUUGUGUGAUCACGCUGCUAACGUGCGCUUUGCUCUCUGUUUCAGAUCAUUGCUUGACGAGUGGGAUUACAUAAAUGGCGAGCCUGCCAACGAAAAAACUUUCUUCUUCCAAGUCUCGACCCAAUGAGGCUUCCAAGAACACUUCGCCUGUCAAAGAGACAGCAUCCAACGAGGUGGAUCAAUUAGCUGAAGUGAGGGCUCCAGCUUUUCAGUCAAAUCAGCCUGCUUCGCGAUAUGUCCAUCCCUUGCCGCAUACACUGGAGGUGGGUGAUGAUUUCGAGCUGUGGUCGGACAAGGUGUGCCGAUACAUUGAUCUGAUGAACGUGCCUCACCCGAACGCAUUCGUCAUCGAUUCUGUUGGACGGUCCUUGGAAAUGUACACAAUUGGUUUGGAUUACGUGCAUAUGCCCUUGACCACCCUGUUGAGUACUCUAAGAGCACGUAUAGUGCCACCAAUACCUCCCAUUGAAGCGCUGAAAAGAUUCAGCGAGUGUAACCAGAGACAAGGUGAAUCUAUCAACCAGUUCACCUUACGUCUCCGCAAGCUUGCGCGUCAAGCUAUGCAGGACAAGACAUAUUCAGAGGUUGAAAACGCUAUAUAUUCCAAGUUCUUGCAGGGUGUCGACGUCCGUUACAGGAAGGACUUCAACUUGCACACUCCAGCAUCCAUGGCAGAAGCGGAAGCUAGGGCACGCCUAGUGGAAAGCCUGGAAGAGCCAGGAACCACAUGCCCACAAGUAAACGCAAUGGGAUAUCAGCACACAACAACAAAGCAUGCACAGAAUCCUACACCACCGUGGAAAGGACGCCCACAGUCGCAAUCCACUUCAAGAAACGAUUGCUACUACUGCAGGCGGUUUGGUAAGCUUGCUAGGAGUUGUGGUCACAAUGCAGCUCCUCUAUUCGACAUUCUCAAGAAGAAAGACUACAAUUGGACAGCAUCAGCUACGGAAGCCUUCGAAAGACUUAAAAACUGUUUAUGUAGCCCCCCUAUCCUAGCGUAUCCC